AUGAUUUACCAAGGCACAGCCUCUUUUGAUGCCGCCGCCGCGGCAAAUAUGGCAGCCAACAUGGCAGCCAACAUGGCUGCCUAUACGGCUUCCCACCACCACCCGCACACUCACAGCUCGCCGCCGGUACCCACCUCCUCUCCUUCGACGACGACACCAUCUCCUCCACCUUUCCUUCACCGCACGCCUGGUGGAGGUGGUGGUGGUAGUGGAGGAAGCGGAGGUGGAGGUGCUGUUGUGGUCAGUGUCCCACAGCCGGAUUACUCCAGCAUGGCAGCAGCGCUGUCACCACUUAGCUUUCAUAUCGGUGGUGGGGGAUCUACCGGUACUUCGGGAAGUUCUUCUUCUACUGGAGGUGGUGGAGGUAGUAACGGUAGUGGAGGAUCCGGUGAAAGAAAUGGAAGUAAUGGAGCUAAUAAUAAUAAUAAUGGAGGUAUACCUCCACCUCCGCCUCCACCUCCUCCACAUCACCCUCAUGCACACCAUCCACUGGCUCACCCACAUCCUCCGCAUCCAUACUUACCACUUGCUCUCCAACAUCCUGCCGCUGCAGCUGCUGCAGCAACCCUAGCCCUGACUAAAGCCCACGCCCACCAUGCUCACCAUCAUCGACCACAUCCUCAUCAUCCACCACCACCUCCUCCACCUCCUCCCCCAUUCCUUACACAUCAAAGUAUGCGCUCUUUGCGUGGAGUUGGGGUCGGCUUGACCGGGGUCGGCCUCGGGGUAAAUUGCGACCCUGGUGUUGUCGAGGGCGAAGUACGAGACGACCCCACUGUGACCCUUGAGUCCAAAGAGCUGUGGGAGCAGUUCCAUGCCCUCGGCACAGAGAUGGUCAUCACCAAGUCGGGACGACGUAUGUUUCCACCUUACAAAGUUCGGGUAUCCGGCUUGGACAAGAGAGCGAAAUACAUUCUUCUGAUGGAUAUUGUUGCCGUAGACGAUUGUAGAUAUAAAUUUCAUAACAGUCGUUGGAUGGUGGCUGGAAAGGCAGACCCCGAAAUGCCAAAACGAAUGUACAUUCAUCCUGAUUCACCCACAUCUAAUUCUGUUCACUAUCUAUCUAUCUAUCUAUCUAUCUAUCUAUCUAUCUAUCUAUCUAUCUAUCUAUGUAAUUCCGUUCGCUAUCUAUCUUGUUUAUGA